AUGAGCGCAACUAUCGUCGACGUAUCCAGCAAACUUGGAGAAUACAUGAUAAAAGGCUGGGUGUUGACAGACACAACAUGCCCGUCCCCAGCGUGUCGCGGCGUUCCUCUCAUGAGGUCACCUAAUAAUGGAUCGCCGGUAACUCACUUUUGCGUUAAUUGCAAUGGUCCUCAACAAUCUACAUCGACGCAGUCUAAUUCAUCAUCAACAGAUUCAUCAUCAACUUAUGAAUCUAAUUCGCGACCAUCAACUCCUCCUACAGAGCUAUCCAGCGCUUUAAGCUCCCCAACGUUUGCCCCUCCCAUUGACACUGAGGAGACAAUCCGCAGGCGGCAACAAUCAGACCAAGCGUCUGCAGAGAUUGGAAAGCGUCUUUUGAAGGGAUGGGCGAUGCUUGGUGAAGAAUGUCCCAACAUCAGGUGUUACGGUGUACCUCUUGUAAGACCCCCAAAAGGCGGAGAGGAGAGAGAUCCUCGCAAGGAAUGCGUUAUUUGCGGGACGGUCUACGUUACUGACGUAUCUGAAGGAUGGCUACGCCUUGUCCCAGCUCCACCUGCAAUUGAAGCAGGAUCCAGUUUGGGGGCUAGCAAUUCUCUGUCAAGUGCUCCGAUGACAUUGGACUUUCGUGACAAAGGGAAGGCAGUGAUGCGCAGUAUACCUUCACAGGUGCCAAAAGUUAUUUUACCUGCCGAGGUCAACGAGCGCCUGGUCAGUACGGUGCUCACAAUUGUUUUAUGCCACUCUGCUGAUCUGGCGCAGCAUGCAAGUGUCCCGUCUAUUAGCGCAAUUACGGCGCAUUCUCCUGCUCAGGCACUCAAGCUGUCUUUGGAUGCUAUGUCACAAAGACUUGCGCAGAUAUGUGAAACCGCAAAUCAAAUGGACGUGGCAUCUAUUGCAUCAGCUGCUGAUGCCAUCAACAAGGUUGCACAGGCUCUUUUCCAAGUAAGGCAGCUAGGAGAGUAUUAG